AUGAACCGUAGUACCAAGGAAGUUCGCUUCAGCAGUGACAUGGCAAGGCCGACAUACUGCGAGUUCCCCCGGGGAGACGAGGAUAAUUGGCCCAUGGCAGAAACGUUUCUACUCCCUGAGACCCCGUCGGCAUCACCCAGUCCGUUUCCUGGAUCUGGAUCAAGGUCAAGGUCUAGAUCCCGGAGCAAUAACACCCAGGAGAGGAUGGUGACGGCAAGCCCAAGCCCAAGUCCCAUGAGGAGCAGUACUACUCUACGGCAAUCCUUUUCCGACUUUGGCGACGGCGCGGUCCUCAACCCGGCCAACAAGGCGUUUGUGGCAACGGUCAACCUGGCCGCGCGCUCGACGACGAGAGGGCCGGUGCAGGCGCUGUGGAAUCUGAUUCUGUACAGUUGGUUCCCGCCCAGCGACUACAUUGUCUGCUUCCCGGAAACCGGCGUGGAUAACGGCGUGUGCGUGUCGGAGCUCCGGUGGGUCGCGCCGCCGCCGGCGUCGUUUAUGCUGGGCCCUCAGCAUUCCUUGUCCGUGUCGACAUCUACUUUUCCGUUACCGGGUCCGGCGGCAACAGUAGAAGGAAACGGAUACUUUGGCCACAGAAGGCGGAAUCCGAGCAUGGACGCCACCAUGAGCGCGGGGACAGUGGCCAGCGCCGAACCGUGCAUCUUCAUGGUGCAGUGCUGGAGCAGCGCGGCCGACACGUCGGCGGGCUGGCGGGCGGCCCGCGAGGCCUUUGCUCGGUACCUAUACGCUCGUGUGGCGCCCGGCCGCCGGAUGCUGUGCGCCAUUGCCGUUGGGGCCCGAUGUGAGGUCUAUGGCUGGGACGGCGCAAUGGGUUCCGGCGUGCCCGAGAUGGGUCGCCGGCACCGCGAUGUGCUCGACCUCUGUGACAUUGAGGGGCGGAUCCUGCUGGAGAAUCAGUUGGCGUUUGUAGAGAAGCACGGCCUGAUUUAUGCAAAAGCCACUCGGGAGUGGAGUGCAAGGGUUAUGUAG